AUGGGCGUUAUCGCAAAGGGCGCGGCGCUCGACGCGUGCCUGUCGCGGCUCUCUGUCCUCUCGUACAACCUGCUCGCGCCCCUGUACGUGCGGCCGGUCGACGAACGCACUGGCAGCGUGCAGGCGUUCGCGGCGUUCGAGUGGGCGGAGCCGGCGGCCCAGCGGCUGGAUUGGGCCGUGAGGCGGCCACGGUUGCGAGCGGAGCUGCAGGCGUCGCGAGCCGACGUCAUCUGCCUGCAGGAGGUGCAGUACGAGGCGGGCGCGGACGGCGUCUUUGCGCUGCCCGACUGGCUGCGGCUCGACGGCUACGCGCUGCACGUGCCGCCGCAGCGCGACCUGGCGGAGAUCGCGAGCCGAAACCUCCGCGUGCUGCGGCACGAGGUCGCCGUCGGAAACGCCGUGCUUGUGCGCUCGGACCGGCUCUGCGUGCUCGACGACGGGAAGAGGAGCUCGAACACACGCGUGCAGGUCGUUGUGCGCGGGCGCGAGGGCGGCGCCAUCGCCGCUCUUGGCCCGACGGCGGUGGCGAGUGUGCACUUGGACGCGACGGACGAGGCGAAGCGUGUCAAGGCGUUUGCGCGCUGCGUGGAGCAGGCGAGUGCGUUCGGCACACGCGAGCUGAUUGUGUGCGGCGACAUGAACACCGAGUGCCUGCCCGGCUCUUGCGUCGGCGCGUUUGCGGCCGCGGCGGCGCAGCCCUCCCCAGAGGACAUCGCGAGGGAGCUGCGUCCCGCGAGGCGGCGCGAGGGGCCUUGCGUUGAGUGGGCGCUCGACCACAUCUUCUACACGCCGCGCACGCUGCAGCUCGCCGAGCGGCUCGUCGAGGACAGAGCGGCCUCGCUGCAGGCGGACGUCGACGCGCUGCAGGCGCGGCAGGCGGAGGCGCGAGCGGCUCUGGCGGCGACGAUUUCCGCGGAGGAGCGGGAGCUCGCCUCGGACUCGGUCGGCAAGAGGCGAAGGAAGAAGGCGCCUCCGUCGGCGGCGAUGCAGGCCUUCCUGCGCUCGCGCCGCGAGCGCGAGAAGGGCAUCAAGGCGGAGCAGCGGCGGGAGCGGGAGGGCUUCCUCGCCUCGCUCGACGAGCUGCAGUGCGACGCCCUCGGCGAACGGGUAGACUGCAAGCCGGCCGAGUGGGCGGAGCGCGGAGCCGCAGCAACCCAGUCGGGCUGA